UGACUGAUCGCAUCAGGCGGGAAUGUUAAACAUGAUACUAAUACAAAGUCGCCAGCUCAAGAGAUCAUUUUGUCGUGGAUAACAUUGGGGAUCGGAUGUCCAUCUGGCGGUGAGGUGCAACGGAAGCAUCGAAGAAGCUCGCAAAGCUUGAGCUUCGGACAAGUCACGCGCUCCGUCACGCCCCUGGACGAGGCCCACACUAUAAAGCUAACCUGCCCGCCCUUUUCUCCAUCAUUCUGCACCUACUCUCAACCACCACAACACACCCUUCUCUUACUGCCAGUGGGUAGCUUUGUACCAAUAUUAUGUCGCUCUACAAGACAAUGCGCUGUCGUUAUUUUGAUGAGCAUGGCAAAGGUGUGAAGCCGUUCUGCAACCAAGGGAGUCGUUGUCGGUUUAUUCAUCCAUCUGAUCUUCAAUGGGAUAAAGGCCGCAUCAACCCCGAAAAGUCUGCCUAUAAUGAUACCAAAUGCGAAAAACACAAGACCAAACCAAAACACAAGCCAAAAGCGUCGUCGACAAGUCCUCAACAACGAGGCCCUCGUUCAUCGCCGCUCGUGCCACAGUCUGACUUGUUCAGGCGAAAUCAUGGGGAGGUAGAUAGAGAGCGCGGUCGCGACCGUGAGGUAAAACCUAUUCAACGUGACCGCCGCGAUAGGGACUUCGAUUCUUGGGAACGUUAUGUGCGUGAGCGUGAUCGCUCCAGGGAUGUCCGAAAGUCUUCCCGGGAGAGGGCUGAAGACGAGAGGGGAUCAUAUUCUUCAAGGCGAUCUAAGAAAACCGAAGGGCAUGCAACCCGGUCCUCAAUUAUGGAAUUAGGCGACAAUCCCGAGAAUGGCACUCGCCACGGCAAAGACCGUCCAGACGCUUCUCAGACAACACCAGGAAACCCAUUUUUUCAAUCGAGAGACGACAAAAAGAAGUCCAACGACGUCAUUGGCGAGUUCUCUAGUCGUCUUGCAAAGUUGUGCAGCCAGCUGGUUCAAGAUUCAUGUCAGCUUGACAAGGAAGAAGAUAAAUUGAAGGCGUUCACAGAGUUGUCUACAGAGCUUUCUAAAGCUGCGCCGUCGACUGCGAUGGCGGUGACUCCUGCUUUGGCAGCCGUUAUAACAAGUCAUGCGAAAUCCAAAGAGCGCGUGGCAACGCGCAGUUAGAGAAUUGGAUUCUCUGUGGGAGAAUUUGCUCUCAAAUGUUGUGACAACGAUUGUCAAAACGACAGAUAUCAACUUGGAGCGCGCCAUUGCAUUGUUGAACACAGAAACGGAUGUGGCUCUGCAGUCAUGUUUUCGACCUUACAGCCCGCUCCUGCUCAAACGAAAGGCACGGGACCAAUCCUGGGGGGAACUGGACGAGCUGUCGGAGUUGAAAAACACUUCAGCCGACGACGACAGAGAGG